GCAAUCGAGUUUGCCAUCCCUACAUGGUUAUUACUUAAAACUUUACUCGGUCGUUUGGAGUGAGUUGUCGGUGUAUUUGUUUAGCAUUAUUUUGAUAUUUAUAUAUUACGAUCACGCCAUAGUUGUAUAUAUUCUUCCCAAAUAUUGUUUUAUAUGCAAGUUAGAGAAAGUGUUUAAAUCAGCCAUAUCGGAAGUUAUAAGUGAAUAAUAUUUUGUUAAUUUGAUGGACGUGAAGAACGUUAAUUGAAAAACAAAACCUAUGACUAAUGUAACCUAAGUAUAAUGAACUACUCGAUAGUGCUAAAAUAAUUGUAAAACUACAAAUAUAAUUUAAAAUGCGUGUUAUCGUGUGUGCAAAGUGAUUAAUAAGAGAGAUAAGAAGAUCUUCAUCUUUAUUUGUAGUUACAUCGCUAUAAACUCACAUAUUUUUUUAUUAAUUCUGUGCUAAUUAAAAUAAGUAUAUGAGAUUUUAAAAAAACGUAGCACAAUGUGUUAAUGAAGUAUUGAAAUCAAGAAAUGGUUAUACAAAAAUAAUUUAACGAAAUAUGAAAUAUUGUAUAAACAAUUAUAACGAAAGACAUAUAAAACAUUUAAUUCGAGCUAAAAAAAAAAUAAAAUUAUUUACCAUAUAUCUAAAAACAAUCGGAAACCACUCGUGUGUGUUAGCUUGAGAAAACAACAUGAAACAUUUACCAAAUUCGCUAUAUGGUUUCGCAGUUUCUCUCUUUGUAUUCUGGUGUGGAACUUGGUGCGUUCACCUUUUGGCGAUUUGCUAUGGGAAUGAAUCCGAUGAACCCAAUUUUCGGAUACUUUUUCUACUAAAUCAAGUCGUAUGUCAUGAAUAGCACGUUCAAUAUUGACUCCUAAAGCUUGAAGUCUGGUUUAUUGCUAUAAAUCAGUUCUACAAAUAACCCACAAGAAGUAUUCUAAUGGCGUUAAAUCACAACUUCUUGGAGGCCACUCAAUGACACAAUUGCUUGAAAUUAUCGAAUCGCGAAACUUGUCUCGCAAUUAUUCGGUUUUUGAACGUGCUGUGUGGCACGUAGGCCCGUCUUGUUGGAGCCAGAUGUUGUCAAGAUCAACUUCUAUCAAUUGCGGCCAUAAAAAGUUGGUUAUCAUCGGUCUAUACCGCUCUCCAUUAUCAGUAACGGUGUCACCAGCUUCAUUUCGAAAGAAGUACGGAUCGAUGAUUCCACCAGACCAAAAACCACACCAAAUUGUAAAUUUAGGUGAAUGUAAUGGUUGUUCAUGAAUAAUUUGUGGAUUUCCAUCGCAUCAGAAUCGACAGUUUGGUUUAUUUACUGCACCACUCAGAUAAAAAAAAUUUAAACUCCACAAGAAGUCGUCUAAAUGUCACAAUGAAACCCCUUUGCCUGCAGUUUCUAUAUUAAAACCACUAAUGGGCAUCGAUCCGAACUUGGAACACAACCUUGAAUCAUUUUUUACAAUGGAUUACCCAGUGUAUGAGUUAUUAUUUUGUAUUGAAGAUAGUGUGGACCCCGCUGUAAGUACUGUGCAUAGCUUAAUGACUAAGUAUCCACAAGUGGAUGCUACUUUGUACAUGGGUGGUUCAACGGUUGGUGUUAAUCCAAAAAUUAAUAAUAUGCAGCCAGGUUAUGCGGCCGCCAAACAUGAACUGAUCAUGAUUUCGGACAGUGGUAUUAAAAUGAAGAACGAUACUCUUUUAGAUAUGGUAAACAACAUGACAGAGAAAUAUGCACUUGUGCAUCAAAUGCCAUUUACAUGUGAUCGCGAAGGAUUUGCUGCCACAUUUGAGAAGAUUUUUUUUGGUACGGUUCAAUCUCGCAUAUAUCUAUCCGCUGAUUUAUUGGGCAUCAAUUGUCACACUGGAAUGUCAUGCUUGUUACGCAAAUCUGUGAUUGAGGAACUCGGUGGUUUAAGAGCAUUUGGUUGCUACUUAGCUGAGGAUUUCUUUAUUGCUAAAGCAAUAAGAGACAAAGGUUGGAAAAUGCGCAUAAGUAAUCAACCUGCAAUGCAAAAUAGUGGUAUUUGUGAUAUAAGUAGUUUUCAAGAACGGCUCAUACGAUGGGCGAAACUACGCGUAGCUAUGGUUCCGACAACAAUACUUCUUGAACCUCUCUCUGAGUGUAUGGUGUUGGGUGCUUUGGCAUCAUGGUCUGCGGCGAUACUAUUCAAUUGGGAUCCGUUAGUAUUUUACUUAGUACAUGUACUGACAUGGUUUUUAUCCGACUGGAUAUUACUUUCUAUUGUACAGAAUGGAUCAUUAUCGUUCCAUAAGUUUGAAUUUGUUGUUGGUUGGCUUUUCAGGGAAAUAAGUGGGCCUUAUCUGUUCCUGCAUGCGCUUUGGAAUCCAGCAAUAAGGUGGCGUAGACGAACUUAUAAGCUGCAAUGGGGUGGAAUAGCGUAUGAGUUGCCGACAGGCAAUGUAAAUUUGAGUACAAAACGUUUACUAGUAUCAUAGCAUAAGUUAACAAAACAGAGUUAUCCACAUUUAAAAUCAAAGUUAGUGUUUCUGUUAUUGGUUUUUGUUUAGGAAUAUUCAAUUAUUUUAAGGCAGGGUGUAUAUUUCUUCAACUUAUCUUGUAUUCCAGAGAGUGUGCUAUAUAUGCAUAUGUAGACUAGUUGUAAUUGUCAAUAUUUUUUAUAAUAAUUAAAUGUACCUUAAAAAUAAAGCAUAUCUUUCUUUACGAUUUUUCUUAAUAAUAACUUAUAAUUUUAUAGUUUAGGUUGGAAAUUUCACCCUCAGCUGACAUAAAUAUACGAUUUUACGAAGA